AAAACAAUUAUUGAAUUACAGCCCCGUUAGUCCGCGAUACAACCAGGGGAUGAAUUCAACAUCUAUAAAUUCAUGCUCCUCGGGUUAUUUAGAAACCCUAGACUUCACUGGGGCUGUUACUUCCUGCGAGUGUCUGCGCAUUUUUAUCGCUGAAACAAGCCACACGAGUAGCUAGCAAUGGCUGUCACAUUCUAUGAUCUUGGAUCACCGGCUGGCCUCAAGAAGCUUGAUGACUACCUUCUUACUCACAGUUACAUCACAGGGUACCAAGCUUCAAAAGAUGAUGUUACAGUAUAUGCAGCUCUGCCAAAGGCUCCAUCAUCUGAAUAUGUGAAUGUGUCCCGUUGGUACUACCACAUUGAUGCACUCCUAAGGAUUUCUGGUGUAACUGAAGAAGGGUCAGGAGUCACUGUUGAGGGAUCUGCUCCCAUCACAGAGGAGGUAAUUGCAACUCCUUCAGCUAAUGAUUCAAAGGCUGCUGCAGCUGAGGAUGAUGAUGAUGAUGUGGAUCUGUUUGGCGAAGAGACUGAAGAGGAAAAGAAGGCUGCAGAAGAGCGUGCAGCUGCUGUCAAGGCAUCUGCAAAAAAGAAAGAGUCGGGAAAAUCAUCUGUUCUAAUGGAUAUCAAACCCUGGGAUGAUGAAACUGACAUGAAAAAGCUUGAGGAAGCAGUUAGAAGUGUACAGAUGGAAGGAUUGCUUUGGGGGGCAUCCAAGCUUGUACCUGUUGGAUAUGGCAUAAAGAAAUUGCAGAUUAUGCUAACCAUUGUGGAUGACUUGGUGUCUGUUGACAAUCUCAUUGAGGAACAUCUGACAGUUGAACCAGUGAAUGAGCAUGUCCAGAGCUGUGAUAUUGUGGCUUUCAACAAGAUAUAAUUUGAGGAUCCAUUUCACUGGGACAAGGAUGCAGGAGAGGUUUCUACCAGUGAAAGAUCAUGUAUUUGGAAGACAUUAUAUAUUAUUUUUGACCUUCCCUUACAUUGUUGCUGAAGAACCUAUUUAAGUGUUGUUUCUUCGUUGUGAAUUCUUGACCCUGUUAAAUGGUUGUUUAUUGUUAGUA